AUGCAGCACCGAGGGCCCAGCGGGGUGAACCAGCUCGGGGGGCUCUUCCUGAACGGCCGCCCCCUCCCCACGUGCAAGAGGCAGAGGAUCAUCGCGCUGGCGGCCAGCGGCGCCCGCAGCUCCGACAUCUCCCGCAGCCUCAAGGUGUCCAACGGCUGCGUCAGCAAAAUCCUGGGCCGCUACUACCGCACGGGGGCCGUGGGGCCCAGGGCGGCGCGGGGCCGCCAGCCCCGCACGGCCACCCCCGCCGUGGUGGCCAGCAUCGCGCGCAUGAAGCGCGAGCAGCCCGGGCUCUUCGCCUGGCAGAUCCGGCGGCGGCUGCACGCCGAGGGAAGCUGCGCCAGCGGCGGCAUCCCCAGCGUCUCCUCCAUCAACCGCGUGCUCCGGACCCUGCCCAGCGACCUGCGGCUGGCGGCCGAGCCCCGGGACCCGCGGCCUCGGGUGUCCCCCGCGGCCCCGGGGAGCCCGGAGCGCCCGGGAGGCACCGGGGGCGGUGGCAGGAGCCGGACCGUGUUCUCCCGGCAGCAGCAGGAGGCUCUGGAGGAAGCGUUCCGCAGGGGACAGUACCCGGACAGCGCCACCCGCGAGCGCCUGGCCGCGGCCACCCAGCUCCCCGAGACCACCGUCAGGGUGUGGUUCUCGAACCGCCGGGCCAAGUGGCGACGCGAGAGCAAGCGGCAGCUGGAGGCGGGCGGCGCAGGCUCCUGGAGCGACUGGAUGCCGCCCGCUGCCGCCGCCGCCCGGCAGCCCCUCCCGGACACCCCCGCGGGCUCGGGGCAGCCCCCGCCCGGCCCCGCCGCCCGCCCGCGCCCCGCGGCCCCGCUGCACCUCUGCGCCUCCGGGCCCUGCGCCUGGGACGACGCUUGCUGCGGUCUGGCUGCCGGCGGGACCCCCGUCCCCGCGCCCUGGGGGGCUCUGGAGAGCUCCCCCUUCGCCCUGCUGCCCCCCGGGCUCCCCCCGCUGCCAGCCUGGGGCCUGGAGCCGCGCUGA